CGAUGACUUCGUCGAAGCCCCGCCCCCCGCGUUCGCCCCGUCAGGGCUGAGUCAAAUUCCUGCACUCUGCCUACCUGCCGCUCGCGCACGGUCAACUUCACGCGGAGCGCACAAGACGGACGCAGAGCGGGUCGGUGAGUUCCAUCAAGUUUCAUCCUCCGAUGUGACCGCGGCUCAUUCAGCAAAUGUGAACCUCUGCAGCCCCAAAUCGCCGAUGUAGAAACAGCGGCGGCUUUUCUGCAGGAAGAGGAACAACUCCAGUGCGGCAGACAGUACAAUGGCCAACUGUCCCAACACGUUUACGGAGUUGUCCAAGGAGCCAUAAACCUUUCUACAGCUUGUGGCUAGUGGCUACUAGGCCAGAGAUUAGAUAAUCAUUUCAUCGACUAAUUAAAGAGGUGGUUGCUAAGCGAUGACGACCGGUGAAAGCUCACGAUGUACAGCAUCCUGAAGCGCGACUUCCCCAGGACCUCUUCUUCUCUCCCGGCUCGCGCGCGUACCUGGCUCAUGUGAAGCACGCAGGAAACGCUCGCUCUCACCCGACUCCUGUACAAUGGCAGCUUUUACUGCUCCCUCUGCCACCGCCAGAACUACGGCCGCGGCGGCGGCCCAGGCUGCGUGGCCAAGAGAGGAAAGCAGCGGAGGGACAAGUCCAUGUGGGGACAUGGAACAAGACACUGUCCUGGAGAAAACUCACGAGUUCUUCCAGAUGUGUGAUAUUGAAAAUAAGGGUUUCAUCAACCGGCGUGACAUGCAGAGGCUGAACGGCGAGCUCCCUCUCAGUGCGGAGGAGUUGGACAAGGUAUUUGAUACCCUUGAUUCUGACAGCAAUGGAUACCUCACUCUCGACGAGUUCUCCUCAGGCUUUAGUGAGUUUUUAUUCGGACAGAAGAUUUCCUUAGAGGAACGCAUGGAGGAGGAGAGCCCCCGUCAAAGCCUGCCAGAGACUCUUUACCAGAGUCACUGGGUGGAAAGUCCGGACAAAGGAGAUGAGGAUGACGAAGAGAAACAUUUCUGCAUGCUUAUGGAGAGCCUCGGAGCCAACAGCGUGUUUGAAGAUCGUGUUGAGGUGCGCAGUUUGUGGGCUCAGCUGCGCCGUGACGAACCGCAUCUUUUAUCCAAUUUUGAGGACUUCUUGGCCAGAGUGACGUCACAAAUUAAAGAAGCCAAUCAGGAGAGGAAGGAGAUGGAAAGUGUACUGAAAAAAAAAGCAGCGACGCAUGAUAGUGAGAUCCAGCGACUAUAUGAAGAAAUGGAGCAGCAAAUAAGAAAUGAAAAAGACAGGAUUAUUCUUCAGGACUAUGAGCAUUUUCUGUCUCGAAGUCAAGACCUGGAACUGCAGCUGUCCAGUAAAGAGAGGGAGCUGGAACAUCUCUUUCAGAAGCAGAGAAGGUUGGAGCAUCAGUGCCAGGAGCUUCACAGUGAACAACAUGUGACCAAGGUGGAGAAUGUGAAGCUAAAGCAAACAAAUGAUGAGUUAGCACGGGAGCUGGAUCACACCACGCAGGAGCUGCUCUCAGCACAGGAACAGCUGAACCUACUGCAGGAGCAGUCUACACGGCUUCAUGAGGAGAAGGAGAUGGAAAUAUACAGACUGACAGAGGGACUGCAGCGAGAGCGAACUGGCCUCCUCAAACAACUGGACAUGUUGAGGGAAAUGAACAAACAUUUACGUGAUGAAAGGGACGUGUGUUAUCAGAAUCCACUGAACUCUACAAAACUCAGUUUGAAGCAGAGGCCUUUACUCAGUCUUAUGAAACAAAGUCACAUCUUCAAAAGUGAGGAUGAGGAGGAACUGACCUCCAGCUGUCUGAGGCAGAACCUAGCCAAUGGGUCGUGCCAGUCAGAGAAUGGUGGGCACCUCCAGAGAAUUAUCUCCAUUGAAGAGGACCAUCUCCCCCACUUGCUCCAGAGUGACUGUCAAGCUCAAACCCCUAUUAAGGAGUGUAGUAAAGGAGAGGAAGACUCUGACAAUGAGGAGAAUAUAGACUUGAUGAUGAGUGAUAUUUACCCACGGGCAUCAUCACCCCAGCAGCAGCAAUCUGAGACAAGGCAAGCUCCCAUAUCUCCGAGGGGUCAGCCUGUUGGCAAGGAGACCAGCAUAAAUGAGGAAGGCGAUCCCUCGUCACCUGACCGGCUCUUCAAAAUUGUGCUGGUGGGGAACUCUAGUGUCGGAAAGACGUCCCUCCUUCGACGAUUUUGUAAUGACUGUUUUAACCCCGGCACUUCUGCCACUGUGGGUGUAGAUUACAGUGUGAAGACCAUAACUGUGGAUAACACCCAGGUGGCGCUGCAAAUGUGGGAUACAGCAGGACAGGAGAGGUACAGAAGCAUCACCAAACAGUUCUUUCGUAAGGCUGACGGUGUAGUUGUGAUGUACGACAUCACUGCGGAGCAGAGCUUCACUGGUGUCCGGCAGUGGCUGAUGAGUGUAAAGGAGGGUUCAGGCGACGACAUCCCUGUUAUGCUUUUGGGAAACAAAACUGACAAGGAGACGGAGAGACAAGUUCCCAAAGGACUAGGUGAAAGACUAGGCAAGGAGUGCCAAAUGACUUUCUACGAGUGUAGUGCCUGCUCCGGACACAAUGUAGUGGAGGCCAUGGUUCACUUGGCCAGAAUUUUAAAGGAACAAGAGGACAGAGAGAAGGAGAAGACGGUGCAGCUGGACAGCGUCUCCUCUGAGAAGAAGAGAUCCUGCUGCAAGUAGCUGAGCUGCAAACGCGCCCACACAGCAGCACUACACUUCAUGCACGAUGAUGCACAGUGGGACAAUGUGGUCACAUGUGGUGUGUCAGCUUUUCACCCAGUCCUCAGCCAUGUAGCAGUCAAGGUAACCCACAAUCUUAUUACACUAUGAAAUAAUUCUACUAAAGAUGAUGAUAAUGAUAAUAAUAAUAAUAAUAAUAAUAAUAAUAAUAAUAAUAAAUAUUUAUUAAGAAAAGUAAAAGUGUCCCACUGUGGAUUAGAUAUAAAACUAACUAAACGUCAUUUUGUGUAUACUACUGUAUGUAAAAGCCUUUUCACUUUUUAAAUAUGUAAUAUUUCUCUAACUCACAUAUUUAGAGCUCUUUAAAGUGUCAUAUUUGGACUGUUUUAAUGUUUGCAUUACUAUGGUCGGUCAGUGUUUUGGUGCAAUUGUGGACAGAUCAACACGGACAACUGUCAAACUAAACCCAUUGUCAGCCCUGCAAUAAACACUACUGUACCUUAUUUCAUAGACGUAUUGGUUUAGUUCCUUGGACCAAAACUCAGCUGGUGAACCGGUCGGUAUUAUGUGGGUUUGCUUAAAAUUUUGCAGGUGUGUAACUUUAUUCACCAAGUAAAUCCCCCAAAAAAACAAUCUGCUCGCUUUGCUCUGGCGUAUGUUGGCUCGGUUGUACUAUACUUUGUAAUUUCACUCUUACAGUAUCUGUCUUGUUGCCAAGUAUUUAUUAUUAGAUAACUGUUAUCUUCCUUGUUGCCAAGUAUUUUAUGAUAAUAUUGUCACUGUAUUGUGUUCAGACACUUACAAUAUAUCAUUAUCAUUUUAAAGGUUUUGGUAAAAGUUUAGAUUUUACACUUAAGUGUUUCACUACUGCCGGUGUGUUGCACACCACCUAAAUGUGUGCAUACAAUGUAAAUGGAGUUAAACCCAAGAGCAUAAAAGCUCGUUGAAGCAUCAUUGUUUUAUAUAUUACAUACACAACUUUUGUGAGUCACUUGUGGUACAAUGAAAUAAAAGUCAGUCGGACAGCACCAUCUGGUGGCUGAGUUUGGA